AUGUCCUCGCUAUCGGCAGAGGAUGUAUAUGAAUCCUUGGUUGAGAUAUUUCGUUCUAGGAAAUCCACCGAAUGUUUUGAGAUUGAGAUCCUACUUCCUGGCCAAGGGCCGCUGUUGAGAGAUGGCACUUUUAUUGGCAUUACCAAAAUGGCCCUCACCAAGGCGUUUGUCAUUGCGAGAAAACGCUUUAUGCAAUGUCUCGAAGAUGCAAUGGAAGGCCACUCGGCAUCAGUUGAAGAACAUACAGAAUGCGCUGCUGCAACGGAGAUAAUUCUGCUCUUCGACUGUGAGCACACUACUGUAUGCAACUGGCGGAAGCGGAGAGUGGCUGCAUCGAUAAACAGAUAUAUCACCGAAGACACUAGACGACAGGCACUACAAGAUUUCUUUGAAAGUGAAUUAAAUCUAAUCUCCACCUUUGUCUGCUCUCCACUGCAUAGACACACCAAGUCGCCUACUCUUUGGCAGCAUCGGCUGUGGCUCAUGACCGAGCGGAUGAGACUGCAGGGUCGCCUACAGGAAAAUAUAUUUCUCUCGCCAGAAGCCAUGCACAAGUUUAUCCUUGCCGAGUGGGAAGUCGUCUGCAGGGCUGGAGAAUUACAUCCGAAGAAUUACUAUGCAUUUAGCUACAUGCGCCGGCUUCAUUUAUGUGUGUCGAAACUGUCGGAAAGAGCAGGUGAUACUGCUGUCAUCCAGGAUUCUGCUUUACUGCACGAACUAGCAGUUACACUUGUGGAGCCGACGCUGAAAUGGUGUCUAUCGAAUCCAAAGGAUGUUUCCGGGUGGAUGUUUCUGGUCUAUCUUUUGAGUCACGAGGACCUGCCCGGGAAACAAGAUAUGAGACAGUUGAGAAAAGUAGCCAUAGAACGGACACUUCAUUUUGCAGUAGAGAUUGCAGCAUGGGAUGGAGAAAGUCUGUGGACUUUUGUGGAUCUGAUGGUGACGAGGUUUGGGCCAACUAUACUGCCAGGAAAUUUUGAUCAGAAAAGUACAAACCUGAAGACAACUAAUCCAACUGGCAAAAGCUUUAAUGAGGAGGAUAUCAACUCCAAGGAAAGAUCUGCACGAUGGAAGACAACAAUGCAACAUACAACAGCCGGCUACAGUCGAUCCAAGGAAAACAUAUGA